CAUAAACUUGUGACUCAAGCCUUCAGACAUUUCUCCUUUUAGCUUCCAUUAGUUCUUUUAACAAUGAGAAAACUCUUGUGCUUCUUCUUUCCCUUGUUGCUCCUUCUCAACUUAGCUUCUGUUCUUUCCACAACUCAAAUUUCAGGGAAUGAAGUGAGCAAGAAUGGGAUGAUUGUGAAUGAAGAUUUAGAAAAGGUAAAUGCAGAAAGACAUGAUGAUGAAGAAGCAAAGUUCAAAGGAUUGUUUCCUAAACCAAUUCCAUUUGCUAAACCUAUUCCAAAGCCAGUUCCUCUCAUUAAACCUAUUCCAAUUCCAUUGUAUAAGAAACCAACACCAAAACCGAUUCCCAGUGAAGAAGCAAAAUUCAAAGGUAUUUUCCCAAAACCUAUUCCCAAAGUUAAGCCAAUACCAAAGAUAAUUCCUGUUGUUAAGCCUAUUCCCAUUCUUAAACCUAUUCCAAAGCCAUUUGUUAAGCCUAUUCCUAUUCUUAAACCCGUUCCUAAACCCUUUGUUAAGCCAAUUCCUAUUCUUAAACCUGUUCCAAAGCCAUUUGUUAAGCCAAUUCCUAUCCUAAAACCCGUUCCAAAGCCAUUUGUUAAGCCAAUUCCUGUCCUUAAACCUGUUCCAGAACCAUUUGUUAAGCCAAUUCCUAAGCCUAUCCCUAACAUUGAGUCAGAGGAAUUCUUAAAACCAAAGCCUUUCUUGAAGAAGUCUAUUCCUAAACUACCAUUUGAUCCCAAAUUCAAGAAACCAUUUCUACCACCAUUGUCUUUUAAGAAGCCAAUUCCAGCUCCUUAAAAUCAUAACACUCUUCAAAAUAUAAGGAUAAUGGUUUUAUAUAUGUGGCACCAUCUUUAAUUCAACCGCAAUCAUAAUUUGGAUAAUCCUUUGGUACCCGGCUUGUGUACUCCAUUCCAAAUAUAUAUGUACUUGAUGUUUUUCAUUAAUGAAGUUCUGAAUAUUAUGUUAAUUAAAAUAACAAAUGUUACUGAGUUUGCAUUUUUAUUUAAUUAGUAUUUCCAUUUGACA